CGUUAGGCCAAGAACACCAAAACACUUGAUCGCUACUCCUGCUUGGAGACCAAGGAACUAAUUCGAACACACUGGAGAGUUCAUGCUCACGAAUUUUAAGAAAUUGCCUGAAAUAUGAACGAUUUGUAAAUGUAUGUGAAGAAAAAUUAAUGAUGAUGAUGACAACGUUAAGGAGAGGUGUAGCAGGAGCUAGUAGGUUAAAUGCUUCGCGUUUCUUCUCAUCAUCGUUGCAUUCUGGUGGUGUUGCCGGUGAUUUAGCGGCGGAUGAUCUGGUUUUGGACGAUGUACCUGUAUCCGCUCCGGUUACCUCUGUGAAGUCUGAUACAAUACCUACGCUUCUCCAGCCGCGCGUCGUGAUAUAUGAUGGCGUUUGUCAUCUCUGUCAUCGAGGUGUGAAAUUAGUGAUCAACGCAGACAAAGAUAGGAAAAUCAAGUUCUGUUGUCUGCAAUCCAAAGCUGCUGAACCAUACAUGAGAAUAUGUGGUGUGGAUCGUGAGGAUGUUCUUCGUCGAUUUUUGUUCAUUGAAGGACCAGAAGCAUACCACCAAGGGUCAACUGCUGCGCUGAAGGUGCUUUCUUACUUGCCAUUGCCAUAUUCAGCAUUGAGCUCUCUCAUGGUUGUUCCGAUUCCAAUACGAGAUGCUGCAUAUGACUAUAUUGCUAAGAAAAGAUACGACUGGUUUGGUAAGGACACAAAUUGUUUAGUCUUGAAAGAGAAAGAAUUGCUUGAAAGGUUUAUUGAUAGAGAUGAAAUGAUUCACAAGAAAUGGUCAGACUAGUAAUUCUUCAUGUUUUAGGUAAGUUCUCUCUCAUCCCUGUUUACCAUAUUUCAGAUAGAAGCUUACAUUAUUUUUAAGAUGUAAAUGCGUAGUUGAAGUUCCAAAUAUGAUGUUUGGUUCUGUGAACUUUUUACUGUCUUUUGAGUCCCUAAUUUAUAGUCACAGAGUUUCGGGUGUUGGAGCAUUUACACAAUCUAUAUUCCCAUUGUUCAUGCCCUUUUAUUAAUAGAUUAGGGUUAAAGGUGUGCAUUUAUGCAACUAUGUUUUACCUUUUUUUUAUUAUACAAGGUAUGCAAUGGGUUUCGUUUUA